AUGACGUCGCAGCUGGGCUCCAUUUUCGAAAGAGAAGUAGACGAAUACGUGAGUCGUGUUCGGCUUCGAAAGCGUUUGCGAGAGUGGCUAUCGUCCUCUAGCUCGUGGUUUAGCAGUCUCGGGAAUGAAACAUAUAGCACUCAUAAUUAUAGCUACGACACGGAACAGCUAGAGUUGUUGCUGAUGAUGAAUGGCUUGAAACAUAACGCGGCGACACUAUCCAGCAGCUGUCCCACAAGCGGUACCCGCUCGACAGAGACUAGUACACCACGCCCAGCCAAGGUACACGAACCGAAGGCCAUAGCCCGCAGAGGGCGGUUCGUGCGACUGUGUCACCGCUUCAGAAACGCUUGUCGUAAACCAGAAAUCCAAUCCGCGAAUAAUGCAGCCAUUCUUUUGUCUGAGAAAUAUGGAUUUGAAGCUGAUCCUUGGAGUGUUGCAGACACUGGCUACGGUAGCUUGUCAUUCCGGGCGAGAGAGUUCCCUGAACAAUGCGACCCUGCUCCGUCCACGGACAUCCUGACUCUACUAGAAAGGCGAACAGCAGGCUUUGAGGACCGGAACCUUUAA